AUGGCAGUCGCAUUGCCACCUUUUAAUAAAGUGGGCCCCGACUACGUCACUCACCAGACGAAACGUGGAGUUCUUCCAAGGGUAGGCGCCACAACUUUACAAUGUUGCUUCCACAAGUUGCUAUGGGAGCAAAGCAAAUUAGCUAUAGUAGAGAAUAGGCAUAACAAUGAUCCGUCGCGAGCUAAGAACCUACUUAACAAGGCGGCCCUUCGCAUCGUCAAGACGCAUGGAGCACGUAGUGACGACACGGAUCACCGCUCCCAGCCUCAUCAGUGUUUUCUUGACUCCCGUCUCCCAUUACGCAGGUGGCGCAACGGAUGCACAAAGGACAAAAAGCAUCCGUCAGGCAUCAGCGAGAUAAAACGGGCCGCGAUUACCGGCCUCAUUACCGGCGGCAGUAAACCCGCCGAUCCAUCAAGCGGGCGCUUGACUUACUGCCGACGGAUGCUGCGAUCCCGGCGAGAUGGACCGGCGAAAAUUGGGACGUAU